AACUUUAAAAAUAGUGAUUAGUGAGAGAAAGAAGAAACUGCUACGAUACUACGAUGAUUUAAUAUUUUCUAAUUUCAUGAAUUAGAUAUGUAUAUUAUAUAGAAACGAGUUUAAAUACAGCUACGAGAAAUGGACGAAAACGAUUUCUUUAGACAGACAGUCCAACACUUAGCGAGAUGUCUUUCAUCCUUGAAUCCAACACCUUGGGAAAAGGUGAACACAUUAUUUAUGUUAUGUCCUCAAGUCAGCUCACCAUUUGUGGUAACUCCAAGGAGCCAGGAAGCUAGCAUAGCACUUGGUCUUUACUUCCUUCAGAGUGGAUUGCAACAUCAAGAAAAACUCUUGCCUUAUUUUCUAAAAGUAUUAAAAUGUCUUACAAAUGCACAAUUCCAGGAACCUAUGUGUAGAAUUAAGUCUGGUGAUCGGAUCCCUAUGUCUGAGAAAUUCAGUUUCUGUUUAAAUACACUUCUCUCAGAUGUUGCAUCAAAAAACCCAUCUCUACGUGAAGAAAUCAUCACUGCUCAAAUAGAGCUUAUGUCAAAUCUCACUAAAAUUGUAAUCACAUGUUUUGAAAGUAAAGAUUACAAUAAUACAUCAAAACUUCAGUUAUGUAAGAGUACAGUGCCAAUUCUUAUAGGACUUGCAAGGUCUAUGGGUAGAUAUCCAACUGUUGAACCAUCUUUACUAUGCAGAUUAUUCCCGCAACCUAGCAGUCCAGUUCGAUCUAAAGAACCAGAACCUAACUUUGAAUAUGCUACAUUAGAUAAGAAGAGACGGUUUAACCAAUUCCGACCAAUUAUUCCUCGAUCUUUAUCUGGAAAUUUAAAUCCAAAUACAGAGACAAUAAUAGAAAAUGGUUCAGAUACAGUUGACAGUGGUCGUGGGACUCUAAAGAGAAGUUCUUUACAAAGCUAUCACUCGGUACCUUAUGACCCUACUACAUAUUUCUUUCAUAAGUUUGGAUCUAGUUUUAACCAGUUUCCAUACAUGAGAUUUCCUGAAUCUCCAGAAAAGAGGAUUGGUGUUCCAUUUUAUGUAACAUAUCUACAGUCAAUUUUAUCAUUAGCAAAGAAAUUGUUGACAAGAGAUUUAUUAGCAUUUUUGGAUGAGGAGGCAGAAGAUAUUCAUGCAUCGGGACAAAUUCAAGUAUUUCCAUACAAGUCAUUUUCUGAAACAUUAAAUCUAGUCAUGGUAACAUUGCUACGUGAUAUUUUACAAAACCAAAAAGACCUACCAGGACCAUUUACAAAGGAUGUACAGGAAUUUGUUAAAUGUUUGUUCCUAAGUGGUCAAACAGAGUUACAGAGUAGGCACCAUGAUGCUUCUGAGAAGGAGGAUAGAGAAACAAACUUUGCUACAGUGAAUAAGUUUAAAGUCAAUGUUAUGGCUAAUUCAGCCUGUGUUGAUCUCUUAGUAUGGGCUAUUGGAGACGAGACAGGAGCGGAUUCACUUUGUGGGCGAUUGACAGAGAAAAUUAAUUCCAAUCAUAAUCAUAAAUUAAUCUUGGCUCAUAUGCCAUUGCUCAUGGUUUGCUUAGAGGGUCUCGGUAAAUUGGCAACAAAAUUCCCAACUAUAGCUAAUACUUCAAUUUAUUGUCUCCGAGAUUUUCUCGUCACUCCAUCUCCCAUACUGUUUAAACUCCACAAGCUAGAACUAGAGAGAUCUGGGAAAGAUCAUAUAAAAGUUUCAGUUCAAACCAAAGAACCCGGAGUAACAGAUACGGGUGCACCCACAAAGUCAACUCCCUUCGAGAAGCUUCGAGAUGCAGCCAUAGAGAAUCUGUGUGUUGCUCUGGAUGCUGCAUUAUCUGUGGAUCCAUAUUGUGUUCCCGCGCUUGUUGGUUCUGUCAGUAAUAGACUGUUUACCGCUGAAACUAGUGAUAGUGAAUCCUCGUUAAUCAGCACAAAUAUUGUCAUUAUGCUGGGCCAUGUUGCCGUUGCGUUAAAAGAUACACCAAAAACUACAGAAACAAUAUUACAAUUCUUCCAACAACGGUUAUGCCGAUCACCGUCUUCCUUGGACACGUUAAUAGUGGACCAGCUCGGGUGUAUGGCCCUUGCGAGUCCCGAAGGUCCAGCACACGAUGAAAUCAUGCGAAUGUUCACCGUUAUCACGGUGGAGGCAGCCAGCGCUUCUUACCAGCAUACUGAUGACAGGAAACAGUACCGACAUGUAUCCGGUGCGGUUUUAAACGCUCUUGCGAAUAUAGCAGCAAAUGUAAGAGGAACAAACGCUCGACAUGAACUAUUGAUACGUCUAUUGGAAUUGUUCGUUCAACUUGGCCUUGGAGGAGAAAGGGCUACGGAUCGUUCUCCAGCGCCGGUUUUAAAAGCGUCAGGAAGUGCGGGAAAUUUGGGUGUGCUUAUUCCAGUUAUAGCGGUUCUAGUCAAACGAUUGCCGCCGAUAAGAAACCCAAAACCUCGAUUGCAUAAACUUUUCAAAGACUUUUGGCUAUACUGCGUAGUAAUGGGAUUUACAGCAGCUGAAUCAGCUAUGCGAAAGCGUCUAUGGCCGCAAGAAUGGUAUGCGGGAGUAAAAGAGAUAGCGGUCAAAUCACCUUACCUUGUCUCUCAAACGUCUUUGCGUUCCGAAAUGCGAACGUAUCAGUACACGUCAGCUGUCAGAAAUGACUCGGUGUCAAUAAAUGAGUUGCAAGAAUUGAAAACGCAGAUUUUGAAUCUGUUAGAUCAUCAACCGGAUGUUACAGUGAUUGUUAAUAAGUUGACGUUUGCGCCGUGUAUGUAUCUACUCAGCGUAUAUUGGCUGGAAUCCUUAAGGGUGUCCAAUUCACCAGAACCAAGUUUACAACCAAUUAUUGAGUAUUUGAGUGAUACAGCACUACAGAAAGAAAAGAGCGGUAUGUGGCAAUGUGUUGCCAGCGUUGGUGAUAAAGUAUUCCAGAAAUUCUUGGACGUAAUGUCGGCAAAGGUUAAAGAUGAAUCUCGAGAAAGAGAAUUGGAGUUGCACGCGCAAUUUUUGCUAGUCAAUUUCAAUCACAUACAUAAACAAAUAAGGAGAGUCGCUGAUAAAUGGUUGGCUGGACUUGUUGAUAGAUUUCCACAUCUAUUAUGGAAUUGUCGGGUACUUUGGUCGAUGUUAGAUAUAUUACAAGUACUGAGCUUCAGUUUGGACCUGGAUGAGAAUCAAGAGACGCCGCUACUUAAAGUACCCGAUACUGACUUCACUUUGCAACUUCAAGAUACGCUGGAAGGGAGAGAGAGUAUCGUAAAAGACUUCGCGGACAGAUGUCACGGGAUCGUACAAGAGGCUAUGAAAUGGGCGCCGCAGUCCACGAGGUCACAUUUGCAGGAAUAUUUGAAUCAGGUUCCCAAUUCGACCCUCUGGCAUCACUGCGGACUAGCCCUAGCAAUAAAUGCUUUACUAGGCGCAGCCGGUCUAAAUAGAAUGUCAGCCCCCCUACCACGAGCGGCGUUAGACAAACGACCGCCCUGUGUCACGCAGGAUUCGGCAGCAUUACUCGCUGUUGUGUCGCAACGGAGCCGCUAUGUUGGAGAGGUUGCGGGUUCAGUGUCAGCGGAAGGCGGUGGGGAAGCGGCCUUAUGGCGCGUUGGGAGUCGAUUACUCACAACAUUGAAGGAAGCCUGUUCUAGUGGCAGUGAAACAGCCCACAGGAUCGCUCUGUGGCGCUGCACGGCCCUUCUAGUACACGCAACGACGUUCUCUACGGGCGCUAGUUCUGCGUCUUCGACGGCCCGUGCUUUAUUGCAUAGUGUUGCCUGGUCACAAGUGGACAUCUUCACGGAAGAUGCAGUGACGUCAGCAGUGGAGUGUUGGCAAUGGCUGACCACGUCCAGACCGGAUUUAGAGUUGAGGCUUAUGCAGGAAAUAUUCGCGGCUUGGCAAAGCACCGUUGAUAGAAAAAUGGGUCUCUUUUCGAAGCAAGUUACGGAGAUCAGUCCACUUGCAGCCUAUGAAGGUGCCAAAUUAGAACCACGUCCACCAUUCGUAGCUCCGCAUGCAGUGUGGGUGCGGUACUUAUGUGAAGUGGCAGAAACGGCUAAAUACAACAGUCUGGAAAAAGUGGAGAUGCUGGCCAGUCUUUUGCAUAGAACUCUACCAAUUACAGUGGGUGAUGUACGAGAUCACAUAAAUAGACAUGUCGAUGCCGUUGGAGUCCGAUUCAAACUUCUAUCUUGCGGUCUGUCUCUACUGCAAGGUGAUAUUCUGCCUCGAUCUCUUGCCCGGAAUAUCCUAAGGGAAAGAGUUUAUAGCGCAUGCCUCGACUACUUUUGUCGAGGCCUCCAAUGCCCUUCGAAAGGUUCCAGGGAGUUAAGAGAAGACAUAAUUUCUCUUAUUAAAUUCUGGCAACUGAUGCAUUCCGACAAGAAAUACUUGAAGAGCAGUGAUAUUGGAGCUGACUUUGAACUUAUGCAUGGACCGAGCAACCAGAGCCUCUAUACAUCAAAUUCGCCCACAGACAACAGAUCUUCAGUGAACAGUAGUGAUAUUGGAAAUCGACAAACCACAGGCUGGAUAAACACUGUUCCGAUGUCGACAACGACAUUGAGUAGUGGUGCGGGCAGCAUCGCUGGAAAAAGGUCCAAUAGAAGUGUAAAGCCGCCAGCGAAGUCACAAGAUCCCUUCGUGAAAGAUUAUGUUCGAAAACGGAACCUUAUCCUGGAGUUAAUGGCAGUAGAAAUCGAGUUCCUAGUGACAUGGCAUAAUCCUCACAGUCGACCCGAGCAAGCGAUUCCGGGUGAGGAUAAUAUAACAACGUGGAGAUCUAAGCCCAAUACAGAACGGACGUGGCGGGAUUACACGAAAUUGGCUUGGGAAAUUAGUCCAACUUUGGCUGUGUUCUUACCUGAAAGGUUGAAAAACGACAGUAUAGUCUCAGAGAUAAAGCGUAAAGUCCAGUCACAUCCAACGUCGGUGUGCCACGUGCCUCAAGCUCUUAAAUAUCUCGUCACUACUGAAACUCUACUCAAUGAUGCGCAUGAGCUCGUACAUAUGGUGACCUGGGCGCGAGUAAGUCCUGUUGAGGCUCUAUCAUACUUCAGCCGUCAAUAUCCACCUCAUCCGUUAUCUGCUCAGGCGGCCGUGUCCACACUUACGUCCUACCCGUCUUCGGCAGUACUGCUGUAUAUACCUCAGUUAGUACAGGCAUUACGUCAUGAUACUAUGGGUUAUGUGUCGGAACUAAUAAAAUCAUUGGCAAAGAAAUCUCAAGUUGUCGCUCAUCAACUUAUAUGGAACAUGCACACGAAUAUGUACACUGAUGAAGAAAUGCAUAAUAAAGACACCGCAUUGUACGACAUAUUAGAAGCGUUAACCAAGAGCAUAGUGGAUGGUCUCUCUGGACCGGCUAAAGCAUUCCAUGAAAGGGAGUUUGAUUUCUUUAGUCAAAUAACAAAUAUUAGUGGAAUCAUACGACCUUAUCCAAAAGGAGCGGAGAGAAAAGCGGCGUGUUUGGAGGCCCUUAAGAAUGUUAAGGUUCAACCCGGAUGUUAUCUGCCAUCAAACCCCGACUCUAUGGUCAUUGACAUAGACUAUAAAAGCGGUACCCCUAUGCAAAGUGCGGCUAAAGCUCCGUACUUAGCGCGGUUCAGAGUAAGAAAGUAUGGAAUAUCCGAGAUGGAAACUGUUGCUAUGGCCAUCGCCUCUGGGGAGGAACCACCCACUGAGGAAGGCAAAGACAGGUACACAUCAAUAGCUCAGGAGACGUGGCAAGCGGCUAUAUUCAAAGUGGGCGACGAUGUACGACAAGACAUGCUCGCACUGCAAGUUAUAUCUCUAUUCAAGAAUAUCUUCCAACAAGUGGGGAUAAAUCUCUAUCUGUUUCCUUAUAAAGUUGUUGCCACUGCGCCUGGGUGUGGUGUGAUUGAAUGUGUGCCAAAUGCAAGAUCCAGAGAUCAAUUAGGUAGACAGACAGACAUCGGAAUGUAUGAAUACUUUAUUGCAACAUACGGCGAUGAGACUACUAGAGAAUUUCAGGCGGCACGGCGUUGCUUUGUGACUUCAAUGGCGGCGUACAGCGUGAUAGGAUUUCUCUUGCAGAUCAAAGAUCGACACAACGGUAAUAUCAUGUUGGACACCGACGGUCAUAUUAUACAUAUCGAUUUCGGCUUCAUGUUUGAAUCAUCACCGGGUGGAAAUCUAGGCUUUGAGCCAGAUAUUAAAUUGACAGAUGAAAUGGUUAUGGUGAUGGGUGGGAAAAUGGAAGCACCUGCCUUCCGGUGGUUCUGCGAGCUUUGUGUUCAAGCGUUCCUUGCUGUUAGACCAUACCAAGAAGCAAUAAUAUCUAUGGUAUCGCUAAUGCUAGAUACAGGGUUACCAUGCUUCAGAGGUCAAACUAUUCGCCAACUACGAUCACGCUUUGCGCCAAAUUCUACAGAGAAAGAGGCGGCCGCAUACAUGCAAUCAGUUAUAAGAAACUCCUUCCUUAACUUCAGGACGCGAACAUACGACAUGAUUCAGUAUUACCAAAACCAAAUUCCUUAUUAAAUUCAUAUGGGUUUCUACAUUGCUGUAUGGUACUAGUACUUAUAAAAGGCCACAAAAGAAAUACCUCUGACUGAAUGAAUGUAAACCGCUCUUAUAGUGUAUAUAAGAAUAUUUGGAAUAUCGUCAAACAAAUCAGAAGUAUUUUCGAAAAGUCCUAUUAUCUGUGAACUGGUUUUUUUAUGUUAGUCUGUGCUAAUAGAAAACCAACGUGAUAUUUAAAUUCGCAGCAGUGCUAAAUUACCUUUUUUGUUGAUAUACAUAAUAUCAAUACGAAAAGUUACAUUUGACUCUUUCAAAAAUGUAUGAAUUAGGGCGCAUAACAGACGCGCGGUUUCCGCUUUCCGUACAGACGAUUCGACCAGAGAUUAACAAAAAAAAUAAUUUGGCUAUGGAUUGGUCAGACCCACGCCAAUUAAUAAUUUACAGCCUCUUUAACGAAUACUUAAGUUAAAAGGAUUUAUGGAAAUAAUAGGUUUUGGUGACACUUACGUAAGCUAUGACUGUUCUACCAAGUCCUGUAUAACUACUCUAGCCAUAAGUUCUGUUAGAAUAGUUUCAGGACAUGUAUUACAAUAACUCGAUAUAUUGGACAUGCAAUAAGCUUAGUGUCGUCCUAUUUUAUAUUUUUUUGAGAACAUGCAGUUGGUACAAACCUUUCAGAGUAUCUUGAAUAUGUCCAGGUUGAGCAAGGUAAUCCACAUCCAUUAUAUUUACGUUAACAACCUACUUAAUACUUAAAUUUGUAAAGUAAGGGGGAAAAGUUUGAGAAAAAGUUAAAUGGCAACAAUAUUUAUGGCUAGACUAGGUAUAUUCAUAUUAAUAUAUUAAGAUCAAUCUUCAAUACUGUAAUGUUUUAUCGACAGUCUCGACAGGUCGUAAAACUUUUACAUUUCAAUAUGGAAUAUGAAUAAUUCUGAAAAUAGAUAAUGUCAUACCAAAAUCGUUUGCAAAUUUCUGUAAAAUUAAAAGUAACUGAUUUCAACUGAAAGAUCGUAUAGAAUACCUAAUUUCAACGACUAUCUGAUUAAAGAUAAGUUACACAGACAUAAUUUUGACAUUGGCAAUGCAGAAUAUGUCUCCUUUAUCAUUCCAAUAUUACAACAAAAUAGUAUUAAAGUUAAUUUUUAUUAGCAAACUUACUUAAGAGACUUAAUUCGAAAAUCAUGGGCUUCAAUUUAAUUAUUUUUAAGUUUACGGCAUAUAUUCUGGGUGUAGUCUAGUUUUCAAUCUAAUCAUUUGGAACUUUCGCCUCGCUGUUUAAAUUUUAUAAAGUAUGCAAGUUAAAACUAUAGAAACUGUUUUCUAUUUGAUUCAUUAUAUUCAAGAUGAUUGUAAUGUUUACAAAAUUGUAUGUACUUACGCAAAUGUUAUUAAACUAUGUUGGGUUCAUAAUAGAUAAGGGUGAUAGUAUUUCAUAUCUUUGUCUUGACGCAAAGCAUAGCUUUUUAUGUUAAAGUUAAAAAAUAUUACUUUUUGCCUUUACAAAAAUACUUAGUUAUUGGCUGCGGAUAAUUUUCUCGCUAAGAAUUCUUAAAAUAUGUAGCCUUAAUAGAAAACAUAGCUUGGUUCAGUGGUUUAUUCAUACUGAUUGCUAUCGAAGAUAAUAUAUGGUAAUGAUAUAAUUUAAGAUGUGAAAUGUAUGCUUAUAUAGGUUUGACAGCUAAACUUUUGUGUCGAUUUUGACAAAAUUUUAGCAUUUCCAGAAAAAAGAUAAUUUUAUAAGGAAGGCUAAGGGCGCCACUUAUUUGUAGAUACAUUAUUUAUAGUUCCAAUUGUUGAUCAUGUUGAUAUUCUAUUAAAUUAUAAGAAUUACUAACUAGUAAAAUAUGUAAUAUUGAUUCCUAAGUCGUUUAUCUUGUCUUUUAGAUUCUAUUGUGGGCAACCCUGUUACGUUUCUUAAUUUGAUGUUUCGUGAUUGAAACAAAGUGUUUGUUGUUACCAUAUAACUAUUUAAGUGAUUUAUUGUCAUUGGUAUAAUUAAAUGUGUAACAGGGUUGCCGCUGUGUAUACCAAUAUUAAUGUUUCGGACAUUCCUCAUAUAAAUGUUUAGUAAAUUGUUGUUGGUAUUAAAUUAUAUAUGGUAAAGGA